AUGCCAUCUCCCUCCCUCCCUCCCUCCCUCCCUCCCUCCCUCCCUCCCUCCCUCCCUCCCUCCCUCCCUCCCUCCCUCCCUCCCUCCCUCCCUCCCUCCCUCCUCCCUCCCUCCCUCCCUCCCUCCCUCCCUCCCUCCCUCCCUCCCUCCCUCCCUCCCUCCCUCCUCCCCGCCUCUCUCCCUCCCUCCCUCCCUCCCUCCCUCCCUCCCUCCCUCCCUCCCUCCCUCCCUCCCUCCCUCCCUCCCUCCCUCCCUCCCUCCUCCCCUCCCUCCCUCCCUCCCUCCCUCCCUCCCUCCCUCCCUCCCUCCCUCCCUCCCUCCCUCCCUCCCUCCCUCCCUCCCUCCGCCCCUCCCUCCGCCCCUCCCUCCGCCCCUCCCUCCGCCCCUCCCUCCGCCCCUCCCUCCGCCCCUCCCUCCGCCCCUCCCUCCCUCCCUCCCUCCCUCCCUCCCUCCCUCCCUCCCUCCCUCCCUCCCUCCCUCCCUCCCUCCCUCCCUCCCUCCCUCCCUCCCUCCCUCCCUCCACCCCUCCCUUCGCCCCUCCCUCCCUCCCCUCCCUCCCUCCCUCCCUCCCUCCCUCCCUCACUCCCUCCCUCCCUCCCUCCCUCCCUCCCUCCCUCCCUCCCUCCCUCCCUCCCUCCCUCCCUCCCUCCUCCUCCCUCUCUCCCUCCCUCCCUCCCUCCGCCCCUCCCUCCGCCCCUCCCUCUGCCCCUCCCUCCGCCCCUCCCUCCCUCCCUCCCUCCCUCCCUCCCUCCCUCCCUCCCUCCCUCCCUCCCUCCCUCCCUCCCUCCCUCCCUCCCUCCCUCCCUCCCUCCCUCCCUCCCCUCCCCCUCCCUUUCCUUCCCCCCGCUCCCCUCCCUCUUUCAUGGCUGCGGAUAG